ACAGCCAUUAUGAGCCGUGUGGCUCAUCCUGCCCCGAGACGUGCAUGGGUCCGUUGGGAGCGUCGUGCCCGCUGCCCUGCGGGGAAACGUGCGCCUGUGACGCUGGCUACGUCCACAGCGGUCCUGACUGCGUCCUGCGGCGCUGGGGACCUGGUGGCUGUGGCUGCACACACCAGGGACGUCUGCUGGGACCAGGCGAGACUUUAUGGGAGGGUGUGGGCUGCAUGCGCCGCUGUGUCUGCCCAGCUUCAGGAGGGAGCGUGAUCUGCACCCAGGGUGGUUGCAGGCCAGGCGAGCGCUGCAUUCUGUCCCACGGCCUGCGCACCUGUGUGCCCUGGAGCAUGGCCACAUGCGUGGCAGCCGGCGGAGGUCACUACAUUACCUUCGAUGGGCGCCGUUUUCGCUUCCCUGGCUCUUGCGUGUACCUGCUGAGCGGCCUUAGUUCUCCCGCACCGCAGGACCUGGCAGACUUCCGUGUGCUCCUGGGCACUGGUCCUGAUGGAGUCCCAAGAAGCCUCGAAGUGCUUCUGACUGGUUACCACCUGAAGCUGGACCCCAAGGAACCUGGUCAUGUCCUGGUGAAUGGAGACUGGCAGAAUCUACCAUUCCAGGCUCUGAGCAACAGAACCCUCAUCUUUCGCCAUGGCUGGGACACUGUGAUCAGCUGCCCCUUUGGCUUGCGUGUGACCUAUGCCCCUGGGAUCCGCGUGGUAGUGGAUCUUCCAGCAGCAUAUAUGGGCCAUGUGGCGGGGCUGUGUGCUGACUACAAUGGGGAUCCCUCGGAUGACCUCCAUGUCCCUGGAAUUGUGCUGGGCACCAACAUGCCUGAGGAUGCACUGGCUUGGGCCUUUGGCCAUAGCUAUUUGGUGGGUUCCCCGACUGAGUGCCUGAAUGCUGCUGACAAGAUGCCGCCACCUCCACCAUCCUGUGUCACCCUGCCAACCACCAGCACCCCAGCCCACUUUGCCCACAUCUGUGACAUCCUCUUGGACCCCCUGGGGCCCUUCCAGCUGUGCCAUGAGAUGCUGGCACCAGGCCCCUAUGUCCAAGAUUGCAUAGUGGAUGUAUGCCUGGGUAUUGGACCCUGCCCCAUGCUCAGCCUCUACUGUGAAACUUGCCAGCUGCUGGGCGGCCAAGUCUUCCCCUGGCGGAAUUCGAGUCUGUGCAGUGAGUGUCUAGGGCUUCAGUACAGCCUCUCCAUCUUUGCUCAUCUGGGGAACCUGGUCCCACUCCUGACUGAGGUCCAGCUCCUGGGCUGUUGCCCAUCCCAGGAUGUCAGCUCAUCCCUGCACAAUACAACCCUGAGACCCUGGACUUCCCAAUGCGCUGGGUUCCACCCAUCCCUCCACUCCCCACCAGAUCCUCAACCUUGGCCUAUCCUAAAGUGUCAGGCCUAAGCCAACAAAAGUCCAGGCCAGCUCUCAUCCUUCCCUCUUCUUAGCCCCGAUUAUGGACCAGCCCUUCACCCCUUACCUUUCAGGGACUCAGACCUGUUCAUGGUCCAGCCGCCCAGCCCUUAUCCAUCCAGGCCCUACAGAUAGGCUCUGCCUCUUAUCCAUGGUUAACUACCUGGUCUUUUGCUAUCUGAAGGCUCCUGCAGCUCUGCCCAAGUGGACUUUUACCCCUGCAGGGCCCCAGAUGCCCCAUCCUAGCCCCAGAGGUGGAGGGUGAGACUCCCAGUAGACAAUGCCUUGAAGCAAUCCUCCAAUCCGCCUUGCUCCCGCAGGCCCGCUA